ACCAUGUUGCGCUCCUGGCGCGUGAAGCUGAAGCUGCUGCUCGCCACGGUGACCCUGGCCAUCCUCCUCUCCUGGCUCUACCUGUUUGUGGGCAGCCUUGAAUAUGGCCGCUUCCUCCUGCUGCCGCCCUGCCUGGGCGAGCAGCCGAGCCGGGACGUGGAGCGGGAGGCGCUGGCCUCAAGGGUGCGCAGGGUGGAGGAGGAGAACCAGCAGCUCCGUCUGCAGCUCAGCCAGGUGCAGGCGGAGGGCAGCGAUGGCAGCCCGCAGUGGGGGGCCUCUGCCGAGGACGGGGAACCCCCCAGGGGUGCAGAGAGGAGCAACCGCACGGCCUGCCCCAAGCAGCGGACGGUGCACAAGUGUGAGCUCCUGCACGUUGCGAUUGUGUGUGCCGGGCACAACGCGAGCCGGGAUGUGGUCACCCUGGUGAAAUCCAUCCUCUUCCACAGGAAAAACCCCCUCCACUUUCACUUCAUCACGGACUCGGUGGCCCACCAGAUCCGAUGACUUGAAGGCAGGCACUUGCCCCCCCUUUGCCCUGUCCCAAUCCAGUGCCGUGUCGCCUUGCAGCCGGAGGUGUCGUGGAUCCCCAACAAGCACUACUCUGGCAUCUACGGGCUGAUGAAGCUGACGCUUACCAAGGCACUGCCCUCCAACCUCUCCAAGGUCAUCGUCUUGGACACCGACAUCACCUUCGCCACUGACAUCGCUGAGCUCUGGGCUGUCUUCGGGAAGUUUUCUGACAAGCAGGUGAUUGGGCUGGUGGAGAACCAAAGCGACUGGUAUUUGGGCAACCUGUGGAAGAACCACAAACCGUGGCCAGCCCUGGGACGUGGCUUCAACACGGGGGUGAUCCUGCUCCUGCUCGACCGCCUGCGUCGCCUGGGCUGGGAGCAGAUGUGGCGGCUGACGGCGGAGCGGGAGCUCAUGAGCAUGCUCUCCACCUCGCUGGCUGAUCAGGACAUCUUUAACGCAGUGAUCAAGCAGGACCCAGCCUUGGUAUACCGGCUCCCCUGCUUCUGGAACGUCCAGCUCUCUGAUCACACCCGCUCGGAGCAGUGCUACACCGAGGUCUCGGAUCUCAAGGUGAUCCACUGGAACUCGCCCAAGAAGCUGCGGGUGAAGAACAAGCACGUUGAAUUCUUCCGCAACCUCUACCUGACCUUCCUGGAGUACGACGGGAACCUGCUGCGCAGGGAGCUCUUCGGCUGUGCCAGUCUCCCCAGCCCACCCAGCGACCAGCUGCAGCAGGCACUGGAGGAGCUGGAUGAGGAUGAUCCCUGCUACGAUUUCCGCCGGCAGCACCUCACGCAGCACCGUGUCCACCUGUUCUUCCUGCAGUACGAGUUCCUGGCCCUUCCCAACCCCACCGAUGUCACCCUCGUGGCCCAGCUCUCCAUGGACAGGUUACAGAUGUUGGAGGCCAUCUGCAAACACUGGGCGGGCCCCAUCAGCCUGGCGCUGUACAUGUCGGACGCAGAGGCUCAGCAGUUCCUGCGCUACGCCCAGGCCUCAGAGGUGCUGAGCGCCCGUCGCAAUGUCGCCUACCACAUUGUCUACAAGGAGGGGCAGUUCUACCCCAUCAACCUCCUGCGUAACGUGGCGUUGGCCAACACGCAGACGCCAUACGUCUUUCUGACAGACAUUGACUUCCUGCCUAUGUAUGGCCUCUACGAUUACCUCAGGAACUCCAUCCAGCAGCUGGAUCUGCCCCAGAGGAAGGCAGCUCUCAUCGUGCCAGCAUUCGAGACCCUGCACUACCGUUUGAUCUUCCCCAAAUCCAAAGCAGAGCUGCUCUCCAUGCUGGACAUGGGCUCCCUCUACACCUUCAGGUACCACGUGUGGCCAAAAGGCCAUGCCCCAACUGACUACGCCAAGUGGCGGACGGCCACCGUGCCAUACCGUGUGGCAUGGCAGCCAGACUUCGAGCCUUACGUUGUAGUGAGGCGAGACUGCCCCAAGUACGACCAGAGGUUCGUGGGCUUCGGCUGGAACAAGGUGUCCCACAUCAUGGAGCUGGAUGCGCAGGAGUAUGAGCUGCUGGUCCUGCCCAACGCCUUCAUGAUCCACAUGCCCCAUGCCCCCAGCUUUGACAUCUCCAAGUUUCGCCUGAGCGCAGGGUACCGGGGCUGCCUCCAGACACUGCGGGAGGAGUUCCACCAGGACCUGUCGCGGCGGUACGGGGCUGCUGCGCUCAAAUACCUCACCGCUGAGAGGAGCCUGUGA